GAAGAAACAGCUGUGGAGGAGCAAUAAUGUCAUGUCAUCAUACAUAACAAUGUGAGUAUUGCCAAUUACAAAUAAGGAAAAAAAAACGGAGCAACAGCGACCAAACAUUACGCAAUGGCUACAUGACAGAUUUAUGCGGCGUUGCCUGUCUGGAAGUAGGAGUAUUCGAGCUGCUCGUGAACUCAUCUUGAUGUAGUGUAGUGCAGCUAGUAGAGGACACACAUGGACCUGCCUCCUCAGACACUCAGUAGUGUCUGCCUUCAGUCCUCUGUGCGCUCUCAGUUUGGAAGGACCGCUGUCAGGCAGCAUGGAGGACAUCUGCUGCGGACACUCUGCACCACCUGCUCUGCUGUCUGCUAGUUUUUGGGAACUUCUGCGCGUCUUUUGACAAAAACUACACAAUCGGAGGAAUGACAGACUGUAGUGACAAACCUCCGUGUGAUUUCAACUUGUAGUUCUAAGCUGUGUGUGUGUGUAUGCUGACUCAGGUGUAUCUUGUAGAAGUCAAACACCGCCUGGUUGGGAAGUGUAUGUGCUUUUCCACGUUCAUUCAUCGAUAGUUUUCCCCCCCUCACAAACCGCCAAACUGUCAGUGGACUGUUGUUGGAGAAAAAGACUGAACACGAUGCGAACCCGAUUUCCAAGUGUUGCUGUUCCCCCUGAACAUGUGCAACACGCCGCCUGCCCCACAGCGCGCCCCACCGACCGACACUAACCGCUCCUGGGGGGUCUAAUUCUGGCUGAAACAUGUUUAUUUUGUGGGUCCCGUUGAGUUUAUUCCUCGGGUUCAUCAUUUCUCAGACGUGGAGCGUUCAGAUGUCGUGGGAAAACUGGAACGCAGAGCUUCGCAACCGAGGAAAUGAAUUCGACAAGCAGAGCUCUCAGCCGCACAUCGUUUUUAUCCUGGUAGAUGACCAGGGCUUCCGGGAUGUUGGGUACCACGGCUCCGAGAUCAAAACCCCGACACUGGACCGGCUGGCAGCGCAGGGAGUCAAACUGGAGAAUUAUUACGUGCAGCCGCUCUGCAGCCCGUCCAGGAGCCAACUCAUGACCGGCAGGUAUCAGAUCCACACGGGCCUUCAACACUCCAUCAUUCGAGCUACCCAGGCCAACUGCCUACCACUGGAAAAUGUCACCUUGCCCCAGAAGCUCAAGCAAGCAGGAUACUCCACACACAUGGUGGGCAAAUGGCACCUGGGCUUCUAUAAGCGUGGCUGCAUGCCCACUCAGCGUGGCUUUGACAGUUUCUUUGGCUCCCUGCUAGGAAGCGGGGACUAUUACAGUCACUAUAAAUGUGAAGGGCCUGGCAUGUGUGGCUAUGAUUUGUAUGAAGGGGAAGAAGCCGCUUGGGAACAGGACCGCGGCUUGUACUCAACCGUGAUGUUUACUAGAAAGGCUAUCAGUAUCUUAGCCAAUCAUGACCCUCGCAGGCCCUUGUUUCUGUACUUAGCCUAUCAGGCUGUUCAUUCCCCGCUGCAGGUUCCCGCCCGCUACCUCGAGCGCUACAAGGGUAUUCCGAACCUGCACCGCCGUAAAUAUGCUGCCAUGGUUUCCUGCCUGGACGAAGCGAUCCAUAACCUCACAUUAGCGCUAAAACGCUACGGUUAUUAUGACAACACAGUUCUGGUGUACUCCUCAGACAACGGGGGCCAGCCAUUAGCGGGUGGGAGUAACUGGCCCUUGAGGGGUAGUAAGGCCACUUACUGGGAGGGGGGCAUCAGGGCAGUAGGCUUCGUUCAUAGUCCCUUGUUGGUGAACAAAGGGACAAAAUGUCGAUCUUUGGUCCACAUCACUGACUGGUUCCCCACACUGGUGACCCUGGGUGAAGGGGCUUUAGACGAAGAUCUAAAUCUGGACGGGUAUGAUGUCUGGGAGGCUAUCAGUGAAGGCCGCCCCUCGCCUCGCCAGGACAUUCUUCACAACAUUGACCCAAUCUACAUCAAGGCCAAGAAUGGUUCGUGGAAGGCUGGAUAUGGUUUAUGGAACACAGCCAUCCAGGCUGCAAUCCGAGUGGGCCAUUGGAAGCUCCUGACAGGGGUGCCUGGUUACAGUGACUGGGUGCCUCCCCAGACCUUCUCCAACCAGCGGUUGACCAAUCGCUGGCAUAAUGAGCGUGUCCGUUGGGACAGGGGUAAGUCCAUCUGGCUGUUCAACAUAACCGCUGACCCUUACGAGAGAGUGGACUUGUCUCAGCGCUACCCACACAUAGUGAAGAAGAUGCUUAUGCGGCUUGCACAGUACAACAAGACCGCAGUUCCGGUACGCUACCCAGCGAAAGACCUGCGUUCUAACCCUCAGUACAACGGGGGCGUGUGGGGACCCUGGUACAAAGAUGAGAGGGAAGAGCAAGAGGAGGAUGAGAGAUACAAUAACCUGUUCACUAACCAUCUUGGUAAAAGAAGGUGGAAAAAGAAAUCAAAGAACAGAAAAUUGAAAAGGAAGGUAGAUGAGUAGUCUGCCCCAUUUGUGAAAGACUUCAGUUGCUUUUUCUCAGGGAUUGACACCUCCUGUUUCAGGAUUGUCCUCUUUAGACUUUCUAUUUCCAUUUAGUUUUAACUUGACUCCAGUAUAUACUGUAUGAAAAAAUAAUGCAGAUGGACCUUUUGAAAUGCCUCAAGAAAAUAUGGAAAAGAUCCACUCGUUUAAACACUACUGUCAUGCCCAGACACAACUAAGACCUCAUGUUAAUGUAAAGGGCAUUUAAUGAAUGUUUAUUUUUCUAGAUCUUGUUGCAUGCUUGAACUGUUUUCACCUCUAGAUUGUUCUGUAGACUCAUGUUUCACUUAGAGUAGGUAAUACAUCUUCAUAGACAGUUGCCAUAAAUUUUUGGUGACAGAAAUAAAGUAAGACAUAGUUCUAUUAUGUUGAUUACAGCGAUACAGUAUCAUUGAGACAGAUGUAGGAUUUAUGUGAUGUGUGAGUUGAUUCUGGUUUUAUAAGCACAGACUGCCUUAACUUAGAAUAACAGAUUUUGUUUCCUGUUUUAGAUAAUGUCUGGUCUGGCACCAGGCCAACCUGAAUGUAAGACAAACAAACAAAAUAAAAGCCCCAGACACAAAGCUCUUUGUCUCCUGCAAUCUCUCUAACUCUGUCUGGUUUGCAUUUUAUUACAGUUAGAUCUCUUUUGUUCUGAUGACAAUAAGUACUCUUGUACCUGGAAAAGCUGGAAUAUCUCUCAUAUUUAGAAGCUGAAUCACUGCCACUGAGUGCAUUUGUAAAUGGAAAAUACAAUAAAGUGGGA